UUGAUGAGAUGCAAACUUUCCAAGUGCCCGGUGGGUUUCCCCUCCCGAAGCAUUCUGGAGAAUUUAUGAAUUCAACUUGAGUGAAAUGCAACCUCCAGUCAUCAACCUACAACUACAUUUCCCUGGAAAACACUCAGUUUUUUAUUGGAAGAAGCAAAAUUUGCAAAACAUCAUCGCAUGGGAUGGCAUCAGGCAAACCAUGCUGACCGAGUAUUUCAAGAUGUGCUCCAUUGACCCUGAAGCACGUACAUACCUUUAUAGAGAAUUCCCUAAGCAUUAUGUUUGGAAUCCUCAGGGAAAGGCUUGGACGAAAAGAAAAACAAGAUUUGUAAUUGGUCGCAUUGCAACCGCUAAUCCUAAGGCAGGGGAAAGGUAUUAUAAACGGUUAUUACUAAACCAUGUAAGAGGACCAUCAUCAUUCAAGGACUUACUCGCUGUCAAUGGAAGGCAAUGUGAGACCUUUAAAGAAGAAGACAAAGAAAGAGGGUUAUUAGAAUCAGACAACAGCAUAUCAGAAGCUUGGGAGAGGCUGUUCUAUUCAAAAUGCCAUCAGCCCUACAAGUUUGUUUGCAACAAUUCUGGUUCACUGUAACCCCACCGAUGUCAGAAAACUAUGGGAUACUUAUUUUGAGGAUAUGUCUGAGGACUUCAGCAGGAUACAUGACAACUCACCCAACGCGAUACUGCGAUGUACGCUAAAGGAUAUUAAUUACUACUUGGAAAGUAUGGGCCAAAGCAUCAACGUAUAUGACCUGCCCCGCCUUGAUCAACAGUUGGCCGAAGUUGUCCCAACAGAAUGUACAGAAGUGGCUGAAGAAAUGUCCGUGCAAAUACCCAAAGAAGAUUUUGAUGCACAAUCAAGUCUAAAUCCUGAACAAGAGCAAGCUUUCAAAAUAAUAUUGCGGGCGGUGGAUUGUGGAAGGGCAGGAUUAUUCUUUGUCGAUGGACCUGAAGGAACUGGAAGAACGCACCGUGCAUUGCUGGCCAACGUUAGAUCAAGACGUAUGAUUGCCUUGGCAACAACAACCAGUGGCGUAGCAGCUUCAAUUUUACUGGGAGGAAUCUCACUCGAGGUUUGAGAUUCCCCUUCAAACAAAUGAAUCGUCCAUGACAAAUAUGUUAAAACAAAGUGGUGCUGCAAAAUUGAUUAGAAAAGCAAAACUACUUAUAUGGGAGGAAGCGCCGAUGGCCAAGUGGCAAACAAUAGAAACAGUUGACAGGAGCUUUAGAGAUAUAAUGGACAUUGAUAAACCUUUUAGCGGGAAAGUCAUGGUUUUUGGAGGAGAUUUCCGUCAGGUAUUACCAGUUGUUCCAAAAUCUACAAGAGCAGAAAUUGUUAAUGAAAGCUAGUGAA